AAUAUUUUGGCGAUAUUUUUGGAGUUCGGGGUCCUGGCUAGAGAUUGAUACUUCGUCAUGAUUAAGAAUCCCUAGCAUCUAUUUCCCUUCGCUUAAGCAAUGAAUGUGUCGGCUGAUUUUGUUAUUUGGCUUAUUAUUGAAAAAAAAAAUGUAAACCAAAAUGAAAACCAUGCUCAGGAUGGCAAUCUGAAAGUCAACACUCACGCAGCAAAAAGGAUAUGAUCGAGAUUCACCGACGAGAUUGUUCACUUUUGGAGAGCUCAUCUGUGAAAUUGUGGUGGCAACCAAUGCUUCUGUGGGUAAAAACGCUCCAUCAUGCAGAGUAGAAACCACCAUGCAGCUGAAUGUUGAAUACCGUGUUGCCAGGUUGCACCUUCUCAGUUUCAGGGUGGAGGAUUAUUGAUUUCGUUAAUAGCUGCGGUCUUUCAAUUGUUCGAUUGGAAUCCGCACCUGACUAAUCUGCAGCAAAAGAUGGCGAAAACCUGAACAUGUGCACCAAUUACAACCCAAAUUGCGCAAAAGAUUUCUCAACACAGAUUGUAACUUCGUAACCUAAUGUACUUCUUCCAACACAGGCUGGAAGAGUAUUCGGCAGGACUACAACAUUUUGGGUGUCCGUGUAGACUUAUCACGACAAGCGGACCUCGAAUCCUUGAAAAAGUAGAGGAAAAACUUCACAUGUAGAAGCACAAAUUAGGACUUGAGUGAGAUAUCCACCAGUGCGCCGCGCGGAUUCGCUUACUAAAGUUGGCACCGCAGCGAUCACACCCUUGACACAAAUGAAAUUGGGUGAAGUCCGAUUGCCGCAGUCUUCAUCCUUGCAACCGUUCAAAUUCCCUUCGCAAUUCCAACGUACAAAUAAAAACCACCACUGAACUCUCCAUCUUUCGGCCCACAACUCAUGCAUUUGAACGCCACGAUCCGCAACGUCAAGACGCACGCCAAACGGCCGCGAACCCUUCUCAUUGGCAGGAUCGGAAUAAAUCCGAGGUGGCAGGGCGAUAUCGCCGAGCUGGCACAUUCUCCCGCCAUUUUCUAGCUGUGGCUGUGUGCUCUUCUGAAGCUCCGCUACUGUUGCGGCGAGGAGGAUGUUGUUGAUUUCCAUUCUUAAACCUAGUUAGGGUGGUGAAGUUUCCAAUGCUGUUUUUUUUCUUGAGUUAUUGGGAAUAGCUCGACCAGAUUAUUGAGUACAAUCUGUUGUGGGAGAUCAAUGGGGAUUUGAUACGCGAGAGCGAAAGCAUGGCAGAGGGUGAAGCUGGAGCGAUGGGGGAUCCAGAGCUCCAAUUUCCUGCGUUUCCGUUUACGCCCUAUCCUAUUCAACUGCAGUUUAUGAAUGUGGUGUAUCGCGCUCUUCAAAAGGGCGGGGUGUGCAUUGUUGAAAGCCCGACAGGGACUGGAAAGACCUUGAGUCUGAUCUGUAGUGCUCUUCAAUGGCUUCAAGACGAACACACCCUUCGUCUAGCCAACCGACCCAAAGUUGACGCUCAAUGUUUCAAAGAGGAUGAGGAACCAGAUUGGAUGAGAGAUUUUGAAGUCAACAAGGAGGAGCAGAAGCUCAAAGAAAAAGAAGAGAAGAAACAACAACGGAAAAUACAGUUGAUGAGUGCAAGUGCAAAAAAGGUGAACAGCUCGCGGUCAUUUUUUGGAGAUGUAGACGAAGACGUUGGAGCGAAACACCGAUAUGGAAAUCGCAAGAAACCGGUGAAGCCAGUUGUUGGUGCCCUCGAAGAUGACGAAUUUCUUGUGGAGGAUUACUGUAGUGAUGAUAAUGCCAAAAGUGGAGAGUCCAUGAAGCGGAAGCCAGAGAAAGAUAUUUCUAGUAGCAGCGAAGAAGAUGUGGAGGACGACGAUGAAGAGGAAGAGCCCCUGAAGGUGUUCUUUUGCAGCCGUACACAUUCCCAACUGUCUCAAUUUGUGGGGGAAUUAAAGCGCACAAAGUUUGCAACAUCCUUGCAAACUGUUUCUCUAGGAUCGCGAAAGACUUUAUGCAUUAAUCCUGAUGUGGCGAAACUGAAAAGUUCAGAACGCAUCAAUGAGCGCUGCUUAGAAUUGCACAAGGCCAAAAGCAGCGGCCAAGCAGGAUCUAAGGCUGUUAAAGACAAUCAAAUGCAGAAGAGAAAAGUGAAGAGUUCUGGCUGUCCAAUGCUCAAGAAACAACGUCUUCAGCGCCAGUUCAAAGAGAAGCUAGAGCUGUCUGGUGCCAUGGAUGUGGAGGACCUUGUUAAAUUAGGGCAAGAACUUGGAACAUGUCCUUACUACGGAUCCCGUCGUGCAGUACCGGCAGCUGAUGUAGUUGUUCUUCCGUAUCAAUCAUUGUUGCACAGUGCAACUCGUGAAACUCUUGGAGUGAAGCUCAAGGAUUGUGUAAUCAUCAUCGACGAGGCACACAAUCUCGUUGAUACUGUUAGCAAUAUUUACAGCUGUCAGGUCUCCGUUACGCAAUUAAAACAAGUAAGCUCACAGCUUUCAGAGUAUCUUGAAAAAUUUAAGAACCGUUUGGCUGAGUCGAACCGGCGGUACAUUGAGACUCUGCUUCUGCUCAUUAAGGCCUUAUUAGAUUGUCUUGCCGUGCCUCAACAAGGCGGAUCCAAGGAACGUCAAAAUGGUCGAACGGAUUCUAAAAUGCUCACCAUUAAUGAUUUCGUAUUCUCUCUGAAGAUUGACAGCAUUAAUCUACUUAAACUGCGUCAUUACAUCAAGGAGAGCAACAUAGUGCACAAGGUGAGCAGCUACGGUGAGAAACUCACUCUGGAACAAACGGUAUCAACUUCGCAGUCAAGAAGUGGUGUUCCAAAAGGGUCAGUUCCUCAAAGCAAUAAUGCCUUAACUGGCUUCCAUGCUUUGGCAGAUUUCGUGCUUGCCCUCACAAAUGCCGACAAGGACGGCCGUGUGCUCGUUGUGCCCAGCGUUGGAAAAGGCCUAGAGUUGUGGGAUGGACAUCUUAAGUUUAUCAUGCUGAAUGCCACGAAACACUUCACUGAGAUCGUUGAGGAAGCCAGAACUGUAAUAUUAGCAGGAGGAACUCUACAACCUAUUUCUGAGCUCCGCGAUCGGCUCUUUCCCCAAUUGCCACAUGAGAAGGUUCACCUAUUUUCAUGUGGCCACAUCGUACCUCGCGAAAGUAUUCUGCCGAUUGCUAUUGCAAAAGGACCGGGGGGUCAUACAUUUGACUUCACGUACCAGUCUCGUAGUUGCCAGACCACGAUAGAGGAGUUGGGACGCUUGAUCAACAACGUUUCAUCCAUAGUCCCAGAGGGUAUUGUAGUUUUUUUCCCAUCUUUCGAGUACGAGAGUCAGGUACAUGCAACCUGGACAGAUAAAGGCAUACUGGCUUCCAUCCAGAUGAAAAAACACGUGUAUCGAGAGCCUCGGAGUGCUUCUGAAGUUGAAGACGUUUUACAAAAGUACAGAAACAGCAUUACCAAGACCUCAGAUAAAGCCGACAUAACCACAGAGAAUCGAAGGGGAGCCUUGCUUUUAUGUGUCGUAGGAGGGAAGAUGUCCGAAGGCAUCAACUUUAGUGAUGGGAUGGGUCGUUGCGUUGUGAUGGUUGGUCUACCAUAUCCCAAUCCAUCUGAUCCGGAGCUUAUUGAAAGGAUAAGGUAUAUUGAGCAGCUUUCAGCAGCCGAGGCUGGUGUGGGAAACGACGGGGCUGCUUUGAACGGCAAUAAUGUACUGCAACGAUGUGGGCAACGAGGAAGAGAAUACUACGAAAAUCUUUGUAUGAAAGCUGUUAAUCAGUCCAUAGGGAGGGCGAUCAGGCAUAUCGGAGAUUAUGCAGCAAUUUUGCUUGUUGAUGUACGUUAUACAUCGACAUCUGGACCUCCAGGACCUAACGCCAAACCAUCGGGACCAGCUUCCAAGCUGCCAGAUUGGAUCUUGGAAAGACUAGUCCCUGUAACAUCAAGUUUCGGAGAAGUUAUUAAGCUACUGCACAAGUUCUUUAAGCAUAAUCAACAGCGGACUCAAGGAAAUUAAACUUCACAUGGCCGCUCGUUGCACAGAUACUCGCACAAAAUGCACAUGCUCAGAACUUUUCCUGAGAACAGAUGGAUACACAAAUUGUUUAAAUUCCCAAGCGGUUCAGGUUUCUUCACCCCGAAACUGGUGUAUGGACUAUCCAGCUUCUCAUCAUCCAAGCAGGGAUUAAUUUGCUUCCCCUUUCUUUUUGAGCUUUCGUCAAAAGUGUUGCAUACACAACUUGAAAAUUGACUCAGAAUCAUUCUACGUACUGAUUUGUAUGUUUCUGACCAUUCUGAUGAGUGACUGAUUCUGCCUGGUUAACAUCCUGUAGCCUUAAUACAGCCAAGGCCGAACUGUGGGUCAGUAGUAAACUGGCGAAUCUAUAGGGAAUAGAAUCUCUCUUUUCCAUCGAAGGGUUCUUUUUAGCUGAGUUGGAAACCACAAAGCCUACAAUAUAAUAUAGUUGCUGUUUGAUACAUUGCUGUCCUUGUCUGUUUGUCAGCUUAAAUAGUGGGCCCAAUGCCUGUCUUUAUAUGACAGGUUCAGAUCUGGGGCUCAUUUAGAUAUGUCAUAUCUGACAGUGGCCAUCAAAUUCAGAUAUAGCUAGCUUUGACGGUGGCCUCAAUAACUAUGUAGGUGGACAUCAAAACAUAUAUUUUUACCACGUUUGUCUUUAUUCAUUCUUUUCUAACGAA